UUUAGUACUCAGUCUAGUUUAUUUUUAUUAACGUAUUUAUUAAUUAUCUUUGAGAGAAAUGUCUAGUGAAAAUGCUUUGGACUUACAAUACGUUCACGACAGUUUCCAAAAAAGUUUAAAAGACGAUGACGAUGUAAUCGUAGACCCUUAUAUAGAAGGUUACAAUGAACUAGUAAAGUUUUUAAAUCUCAUCGGAUCGGUGUUUUCGUUCGUGAGCAGCGAUGUUAAGAGUAAAAUUAAGAUUAUGGAGAAGCAUCGCGCUGGGGAGGACUCUUUGUAUUACGAGUCGUUCAAAAAAAUGAUGAAGUAUGAGAAGGAAACGAACUUGCACGAAAAGAAUGGUUUCACGUCUGGUUCGAGGACAAUGCUGCGUUUGCAUAGAGGCUUAGAUUUUAUAAGACUCUUCCUCAAAAGGCUCAGUGAGUUGGAUGACGGUGUGAACACCUGUACCACUUGCCAAAACUCAUACAAUGAGACCCUUGCCGAGUUUCAUCCUUGGUACAUUAGAAAAGCAGCUACUCUAGCUAUGCACGCGCUGCCAUCUAGACCGGACUUAUUAAAAAAGGUAUUCGGUUCGGAAGACAAACUGUCCGAGGCGAUGGAGAUAUUGCCCCAAACUCUACAAUCUUGCGACGAGGUCUACAAACGCGUCGAGCAGCUUUACUCGGACUUCGAUUUCCACGGCUUGCCAUAGAAGAUAUGUUAGUAUUACGCUACACGAUAUUGCCAAAAAUGUCUUCAUAUAAAUGUAAAAUGAUAAUACGGCUCAAUAAUUAAAGGAAAAAAGCAAAUUCAGGA